AUGGAAGGUGAACACAUGUUCCACGUGUUGCCCCUGCUGUUGCUUAUGCUGAUGAGGGUCUGUAGAGGAACAAUAACAGGGGAAGUGUUGACAUCAGAGAUAGACGGAUGGGUGAAACGUAAUGGCAACUGUCCUGGAAUGGACAUUGAUAGUAUAUCCGGUAUAUCAGUAGAGAAGUGUGCUGAACAAUGUAAAGCACAUCCAUCUUGUGUUUUAUUCACUUAUUACACAGCGACAAAUCGUUGUUUCAGGAAAAGCCAUGUAUGUACAAUUUCUGAGAUGACACCAGAAGUAAAUCAUAUGACAUAUCACCCAGAUCCCGAAGCAUGUGAAACUGCAAUGACAAAAGAUAAUCCAACAAUUGAAUUCUCUCCUUCGUCCAUAAAGACAAGUGACUUGUAUUAUGGACCACAACAUGCAUAUAUUGAUGCCACCACAGUACUUCAAACUACCUUGGGGACAGUUGAGAAAUUUGGAGGUUGGAUGCCUGCUACAAAUGAUGCAACUGAAUAUUGGGAGGUCUCCUUUCGUGAACUUACAACUGUGGAUAAGGUUAUAACGCAGGGAGGCGAGGGUUCUACAUAUUGGGUUACUCAAUAUAAUGUAAAGCACAAACCAACCUCAAGUGAUGAGUGGGUGAAUGUUGGCCCAUAUGAUGCAAACACCAAUGCAGAGGACAAAGUUACACAUCUGCUUGUACCAACAGCUAUCGCCAAAAUCUACCGUCUUGAAAUCAUAGCAUGGAAUGGUGCGAUUGCAAUGAGAGUGGAGCUGAUUGGGUGUCUACCAUCAGGGAGCUGCUCCCAGUCAUUGAUCAAAGCUGACCCUGAUGUCAUCCUAACUGUUUCAAGUGUCCAUGCAGGUAAUUCGAUUGUGUAUGGUGCAGGACAGUCAAAGAUUGAUACAUUAACAACUGAUGGCCAGGAGAUAUAUCGGUAUGGGGGAUUGUCUGCUGGACCCGAUAAUCAGGAUCAAUGGCUCCAGGCUGAGUUUCCAAAGAUCAAUGUUGUAACAGAGGUCAUAAUACAAGGAGCCAAUAGAAGAAGUGCAAGGAUUACAACAUACAAAGUUUUAUCCAGCAUGGAUGGUGUAAACUGGAUUGAACGAGGUCGAUUUUCAGAUCAAGAUCCUGAGAAGAUAACUGGAGAUGACAGAUGCGGACCACCCUACAACAAUAAGGAAUGUGAUGUCUUGACAGCAUAUUGUUGCUCCACUCUUAACUGGUGUGGUUCAGAUUCCCAUUGCUCUUCAUCACUCAUUGACUACAGACAAACAGGUGUAUCAGUGAAUGGUGAUGUAAACACAAAAUUCUUUCACAAGUUCAGUGAAAGAUUCCUUGCAAAAUAUGUACGUAUUGUCCCACUAACAUGGAACGUUGAAAUUGAAUUCAGAGCUGGCUAUCUUGGCUGCGACUAUAGCAACCACAUUAACUUGAAUGAAAGUUUUGAUAACACCUUUCCACCCAUGAUGCUCAGCCAAAUCAUUGACUACGAUCUCAACAACAACACUUGCAUGAACAUUCCAAAUACAGCUGAAGCCCCCGGAUAUCUGAAAUUCUCAACUGAUUUGAACUUGGAUUUUGGGUCUGAUACAGAGUUCUAUGUUGUGAUGACAGGCCGAUUAAAAUGUGAAAGCCAAUACCAUUAUGUGUACUCCGUAGAUAUGGAUGCCCAAGUUAGUACAAAUCUUCACACAGGAAGGUUUGAAAAAUGCCAGCUUAUUACUACAGAUGCCCUUCCUGACAACAGAAACAGCUGUACGUACAUCUGUGGAUGCAAUCCAUGUGGCUACAGUGGUCUUGCAUUUUUCAAUCUCCCAAAAUCAUACACCUGGACAUUAUGUGAUGUCAAAGUGCUACCAUUAGACAUGAUCUAAAAUUC